ACCUGAAGCGGUGAGUGUACGUCUCGGCGUUCUGCAGCGGCUGCCGCGUCACGCCGUACUGCUCGGCCGCCUGCCAGCGUCGCGACUGGGCCCACAGACACAAGACUGUGUGCCACAACCUGAAGCGUCAAUCCGGGGGCAUUGCAUCCAGACUUGACAAUGAUUCGGAGCCAGUGCCGCCGGCCGCCGCGCCGCGCCGGCCGCGCUCGCCCGGCGGGGACGCGCGCGACGCCGGCCCCGACAGGAUGCCUCCAAAGAAAUUCGGCCCUCCGGGCAGCGCGACCGCCCCGACUCCCGUCGCUAGAGCCAACAACGCACGCAACGAGGAUAGAGGUCGUCCCGACAACCGUCCCGACAACCGUGGCCACGACAACCGCGGCCGUGCGGACAACCGCGGCUCUGACAACCGCGGUUCUGACAACCGCGGUUCUGAUAACCGCGGCUCUGACAACCGUGGACGCUCGGACAACUGGCAGGACAAUCGAGGGGAUAAUCGGAGCAGAUUCAACCGGUCUAGCGAUGGUGACGACCACAGGUCAAGGCCCAAUGACAGAAACAAAGACAACAGUAACUUUGGUGUCAAAAACGAGGAUUUUACUCGCAAGAACGACCGACAAGACAGCCGUCCAAGAAACCAGGAUGGAGGCAAUAGGAACCCGAGACAGCAAUCGGGAGUAGACAAGCCGAGAGACGAUGAAGACUGGGGCCGUGAGUAUUUUGUGUAACAGUUACUUUGGUCGCAAGAAUGGCGAGAGACAAGACAAUCGUACAAGAAACCAGGAUGGAGGCAAUAGGAACCCGAGACAGCAAUCGGGAGUAGACAAGCCGAGAGACGAUGAAGAAUGGGGCCGUGAGUAUUUUGUGUAACAGUUACUUUGGUCGCAAGAAUGGCGAGAGA